AUGGUGAAACAUCAGGUCAAGCCCCACGAGAUCGCAAGCGUGCAGCUGUACUGCUCAUCGAAGUACGGAAAAGACUGGAUGCAUAAUCCGGAUGUGCUUCUGGAUGACGAUGCGUACGACGCUGCCGGAAUGUCGACCAGGGAAGAUGUUCUUAGACGCAAUAAGAAGCGUCUAAGCAGCCUGAUGAGAACAUUCGUCAGGAGAGCAGGGAAUACCCUGAAUGCCAAGAAGGGCCAUCAGGGUGAAGAAGAUCGAAAGGGCUGCGAGGAAGCCCAGCAAGGUGAUGCGAAGGACCAACAGGACGAGGAUGCCGAAGAGGCCCAGCAGGCCAUGAAAGGUGACGAGGCCCAAAAGGGCGAUAACGAGGCCAGGAAGGGCCAAGCGGAGGCCAGGAAGGGCCAAGCGGAGGCCAGGAAGGGCCAAGCGGAGGCUAGGAAGGGCCAAGCGGAGGCCAUGAAGGGUGACGAGGCCCAAAAGGGCGAUAACGAGGCCAGGAAGGGCCAAACGGAGGCCAGGAAGGGCCAAGCGGAGGCCAGGAAGGGCCAAGCGGAGGCUAGGAAGGGCCAAGCGGAGGCCAGGAAGGGCCAAGCGGAGGCCAGGAAUGGUGACGAGGCCCAAAAGGGCGAUAAGGAGGCCAUGAAGGGCCAAACGGAGGCUAUGAAGGGCCGUGCGGGGGACCCGGACAGGGAGAAGGGUAACGACGAGACCCAGCAGGAUGUCGGAGAGGCCCAGCAGGCCAGAAAGAGCCACGUGGAGGCCAUGAAGGGCCUUGUGGAAGGCAGGAAGUGCCGUGCGGAGGCUAGGAAGGGCCGCACGGUAGCUAGGAAGGGAAAUGACGUGGAGCAACAGAGUGGCGAGGGGGCCCACCACGUCGAGGAUACCCACCAGGUCAACGUGGAGACAAUGAAGCGCCACACGGAGGCCUGUAAGGGCAACGGCGAGGUGCAACAGAGUGGCGAGACCCAGCAGGGUGUCGAAGAGGCCCAGCAGACCAUGAAUGAGGGCGGCGAGGAUGAGGUGCGGCAGAGUGGCGAGGGGCUUCACCAGGGCAGGGAGACCGAAAAGGUGAAGAAGGGCAACGAUGAGACCCAGCAAGGUGCCGAAGAGGUCCAGCAGGGUGGCGAGGAAGAGGUUCUGCAGAGCG